GGCAAUGGCAAAGGAACCUUGUAAACUCACAUGUCACACAGAACUAUGGCCUUGAGUUUAACUGCUGCUUCUCUUCACCUAAACCCUUCUUUCUCUUCUUCUUCUUCAUUUCUAAAUCCAAAGCACAAACCCCCUCCCAAGCUGUACCCUUAUCCAUCUUCUUUCAGAACACCUUCUGCUCAGUCUGAGGGAGCUGAGAGCUGGAUUAAGGAGGAAGACCCUUCUGCUUCUUCAUCUGGAUCUUCAUCAUCUGCUCAAACACGGCUGGAUCUUUUGGAGCAACUAACCUCAACUAGCUCAUCAGUUGACGGAGGUUAUGAGAGUGAUGCUAGCUCCCGAAAACUUACCAUCCGUGAGCAACUAGCACAGUUAGUUGGGGAUAGAGAUGGUGAUUUCACCAUUCCACUUGGUAAAAAGUUCAGAAGGGUAAGUCCCAAGGUUUUAACUGUCUCACAGAAGCGGAAUAUCAGAAGACAAGCUUACUUGAAUGAAGUAUCUCAGAGGAAUGAUUCAACUUUCUUUGCCACCAUUGGAGCAUUUGUACUUGUUCCACCUCUUGUAAUAUUAGGAAUUGCUAUAGCAACAGGUUAUGUACAGCUAAGUUUCCUUAAUUAAUCUGGAGAUGCAGUGCUUCAUAAGUUCAU